AACUCGCCCUGCUCGGGCUCCGCUGGGUGGCUGGUGGCACAUGGGGCUGACUUUCCUGAAGGCAGCUUUCCUGACGCCCGGAAUCUCCGUGCCACGCCGUGCAGGGAGCCAGACGCCGGGCACGGGCGGCGUGCCGAGGCAGAGCAGGAGGAGGAAGAGCGUGGCCAUCGCCUACGAAGCGGGGCAGGGCGGCGGGGCCGAGCCCCGGGCGCGCUGGGAGCCGCCGCUCUGGCGGGAGCAGCUGCAGCGCAUCCGCCGCAUGAGGAGCAGCAGGGAUGCUCCCGUGGAUGAGAUGGGAGUGCACCGGUGCUACGACAGCACUGCACCUCCUGAGGUGAUGCGCUACCAGGUGCUGCUGGCCCUGAUGCUGUCCAGCCAGACCAAGGACCAGGUGACGAGCGCUGCCAUGCUGCGCCUGCGCCGGCGCGGCCUCACCGUGGACAGCGUGCUGCAGAUGGAUGAGGAGAGCCUGGGCCACAUCAUCUACCCCGUGGGCUUCUGGAGGAACAAGGUGAAGUACAUCAAGCAGACCACGGCCAUCCUGAAGCAGAAGUACGGGGGGGACAUCCCGAGCACUGUGGAGGAGCUGGUGCAGCUGCCAGGAGUUGGGCCCAAAAUGGCCCAUCUGGCCAUGCACAUCGCCUGGGACAGCGUGGCUGGGAUAGCUGUGGACACCCACGUGCACAGGAUCUCCAACAGGCUCCAGUGGGUGCAGAAGGAGACCAAGAAGCCCGAGGAGACUCGGGUGGCACUGGAGGAGUGGCUGCCCAGGGACCUCUGGAAGGAGAUAAACUGGCUCCUGGUGGGCUUUGGGCAGCAGACCUGCCUGCCUGUGAACCCUCGCUGCAGCCAGUGCCUCAACCAAGACAUCUGCCCGGCUGCCAAGAGACUCUGAGGGAUCCUGCAGCCUUGGGAGAGCCACAGAGCUGCUUGGGCUGAGCCCUGCUGCAGCUGGGCCUGGCACAGGGCUGGCAGGUGACUGCAGGGCACAGGAGCCUGCUGCAGCAGCUCAGGGAGCAGCCCCUGGCACUGGCUCAGCUCUGCAGAGGAAAAAGGGGCUUUGAGAGGCAGCAAUCCUGCUGGGGCAGAGCUGAAGGCUCCAGCCUGGGUGAAUGGCUGGGCACGGCCCAGCUGUGCCACGCUGAGUCACUGCAGAGAAAAGCUUUGUCCUCAGGGAGCUGCUGCUGCUUGUAAAUACUUGUUUAAUAAAGGUGGUGAGGGCUUUUUGCACCCACGAGCUUUGCUGGCAUUUGUGUGGCACUGGCUGAGGGGAGGAGGACGUGGGUGACCUCAGCAAGGCUGAGCCAUGGCAACCUGCCCAGCCCUGCCCUGCCACACAACAGGACAAGAGCUGGCCCAGGGGACAGCCAGGGUGGACACAGGAGGAGUUCCUUCAUGGAAAAGGUUGUGGAACACUGGCAGGGGCUGUCCAGGAGGUGCUGGAGCUCCCAUCCCUCAGGGAAGGCCUGGACGUGGCACUCAGUGCUCUGGGGAUGGGGCACAGGUUGGACUUGAUGAUCCUGAAGAUCUCUUCCAGCCUUGGUGAUCCUGGGACUCUGAGGUGCAGCUGAAGCCUUCCCAAGGCAGGAGCAGAGGAAUCACUGCCUGCACCAUGACCUGUGGGUCCUGGAGCAGGACAGGGGUGGGUGAUGCACAGCAGGGCCAGGAGCUGAGCCACUGCCACUCUGUGUGUGCACAAGGGUUACAGCAGCCUCGGGUGCCAGGCUGUGUCCCCAGGAGCUGACAGAGGCACAGCACCACCCCUGUGUUUUGUUCUUCAAAGAAAGGGCAGUGCUGACUUCAUUGUGGAGCUUCAAAGGCGUAAUUGCAGCUCCCCUUUCCAGAGGAAGCAGAGUUUACAAUGUGCUGGAGGGCUGCAGUUCCGCUCCGGGCUCCCCGAGCAGCUGAGGAAGGAGCAGAUAAGUGCUGGGUACAUGGCAAACCAAGUUUAUUACUGACAUUACAGUGUACAUGGUGGGUUUGCAGUGCUGCUGCCAGCCUUUGACUUUAUUGAUUUUUCUUUUCCAAGUUAAAUGUACAGGAACUGAAUAAUUACUACUGAGCUACAACAAGAUGUCAGGAAUGCAGUAAUGCUUCAACCAGGAGCAGUUUCCUUGGACUAACAGAUUAAGAUUUGCAAUCUUACCAACACGGAUUUGCACACCUGAUUUCUUUUGAUCUACAUUCAACACUACACAAGGUUGUUUUUUCUUCCUUUCCCCGCCUCAAUUCCAGCAGUCUGGGAUGAGAAAUGGGGUGUUGACACCAGGUCUGUGCUCUCUGAAGAGCACCAGGGACUGCUCUGCCCCACAGCCUGGGCACUGCCAGGGUUUGGCCACGCGGGCACGGGAAGCAACGUGCACAGCAUGGAAAAGAAGGGCUCCUUCCAAACACGACCCAGAGAGAGAAAACAGUAUUUUUGGGGUCCAAAAGAGAGCAGGUAGCUUGAAGUGGGAUGGGGAAGAGGUGUCUUGUUAAUGGCAGAGCCCCGAGGGGAGGCAGCCUCUCCACAUCCCCCCUCACCCCAAUGUCCUGUCUCACCACCCACAGCCAAACACCUGCACCAGUUCCUCUCCAAAGUCAUUAUUUUCGACCUGUUCAGCCCAUCAACAAUCCUAAAAGAUAACUUGCAUAAAGAGAACUCAUCUCCUUCACCCCUGAGGCUCUCCACACUCUCCUGCCAGCAGCAUAAGGCCACGGGCACCAGCUGGAGCCAAACACCCUGUGCUGAGCCCCAGCCCGCUGCUGAGGAGAGCAGAGGGUGGCAUAAGGCACCUUUUAGCUCCACAAUCUGGAAAUACCUUAGGAAAUCCGUGCAGAGCCAUUCCCACACGCACAGCACACUGCCCAGCCAAGGGUUCCAUCCCAGAAGGGCUGGGUGGGGCAGGGCACAGUCACAGCUCUGUGCUCACCCCUCAUCCACGGCCAGCUGAUGGCUGAAGAGGGACUUUGUGUUCCCAGUCCCUCCCCAGAGGAGGGCUGGGGUUGGGAGGGAGUGGGGCAGCCCCAGCCCCUGCCCUGGUAGCUCAGCUCUGCUCCCUGGGGGUGCUGCAGCUCGGCUGAUCCACCUGCACCCACAGCCAAACAGAGCUUCCAGGGACUUCACCUGUAGUGCUUGAAAGAGACACUCUGAUGGCCAGAGUGGGGCUGUGGAGGAGGCCUGAGGUGCUGCCCGCUCCCUCACACCCCUGCCUGCUCCACCUGCAGCCCCAAGGUCACCCCAUGGCUCUGGGGGAUGUCCUUGGUGACACUCCCUGGGGACACCAAACCCAGCCCAGGUGGCACCUGGAGCAGCCCCACUCCCAGUGCUGAGCCUCAGUUAGAGCUGCAUCCCUCCUGGAAGCAGAUGUUGGCUCAUCCCCACUGCCAGCUGUGUCCAAAGGGGUUUUGUAGCAUCUCAUGGGUCUCAUCUUCGUGCUCCUCCUUCCUCUGCCACAUCCACGGCUGCAGCUGGGGAGAGCUGUGGCCUUGGGGUCUGGGGUUUGCUUUUAAACCCCAUCCUCUCCCUUCUGCAGAGCAGCUUGGGGUGAAAAAUGGGCUUUUACUGCCUGGGCAGGAGCUGCUGGUGAGGGGGAGGUUCCUAACUAACUCAAAACACAUGGGACUUCAUUAAAAAAACCAAAAAAAAAAAAAAAA